UUUGUUUGGAGGAAAUAGUCGUCCACUAGAGACGGAAAGCUAAAACUAAUCCAGAAAUGUUAGGGAGGUUCUUAUGGUUCACAGUGGGCCCCAUCACCCAAUAUAAUCCCUACCUUCUCCAUGCAAUUCAACGUACUCAUCCACCCAUCCUUAUUUUAAAAAUAAAAUAAAUCCCUUCAAGAAAACAACAGAAAUAUGAACAUUCCUCUCACAACAUUGCUCAUCUUCCUCGCAGCUUUUGCACCCAUCUCUUCUGCUACAACAGAGGUUCCUGCAGAGAAGUCGCAGUUAGAAGCUUGGUUUUCCGGGCAUGUGAAGCCCUUAGCCGACCGCAAGGCCGAGCUUGAUCCCGCCCUUGUGGCCGCUGAAGAAGGCUCCACCGUCGUGAAAGUGAGGGCCGACGGAAGCGGAGACUUCAAGACUGUCACCGAAGCCAUCGCCAGCGUUCCAGCCGGUAACACCAAACGCGUCGUGAUUUGGAUUGGGGAAGGAGUUUAUAAGGAGAAGCUUACGAUCGAGAGAAAUCAGCCCUUCAUUACCCUUUACGGUUCCCCUAAGAAUAUGCCGAAAUUGACAUUUGAUGGAGAUGCCAAAAAAUACGGUACCGUUUACAGUGGAACUUUGACCGUGGAGGCUGAUUAUUUUGUUGCUGCCAAUCUGGUGCUCGAGAACACUUCUCCAAGACCGCAUGCCGGAAAAGGAGGUCCGGCAUUGGCAGCGAGAAUCAGAGGGAAUAAAGCCGCAGUUUACAAUUGCAAAUUCAUAGGGUUCCAAGACACCCUGUGCGACGACGACGGGCUGCAUGUGUACAAGGAUUGCUUCAUUGAAGGCACCGUGGACUUCAUCUUCGGGAAGGCAACGGCCCUGUAUUUGAACAGUCAGCUGAAUGUGGUGGGAGUCGGGGGAUUGGGAGUGAUUGCAGCGCAUUCAAGAGAAAAGGAAGACGACCCCAGUGGAUAUGUGUUUGCGCAUUGCAGCAUUACAGGCACUGGCGGGCCGAACACUUAUUUGGGAAGAUCUUGGAGGCCCUGGUCCAGAGUUGUGUUUGCCUACACCACCAUUGCCGACAUCCUUCAUCCUGAAGGCUGGGACGACAUGAACAACCCCGCUUUUGACAAGACGGUUUUCUUUGGAGAAUACAAGUGUUCGGGGCCGGGAGCGGAGACGAGCAAGCGUAUAAAAUUCAGCAGACAGCUGAGUGAAGCACAAGCAAAACCCUUCAUCAACCUUGAUUACGUGCAGGCUCAAAAGUGGCUGCUUCCUCCUCCCAAACUAUAGGCUUUCAUAGUUGCAGGGAGAGUGGCAGUAUUCGAUCGAGUGGCAGUAUUCGAUCGAGUGGCAGUAUUCUCACAUACACCAAAUACCUCUCCGCAACCGCAAUCGAUCGGGUUGAUCAUUAAUUACCUCAUUCACAUUCUUUCUUUUUUCCCCUUUUACAAUAUCGUUUCCCAUGACCUUAUUCUCAAUUAUUGUCGUCAAAUUAUACGACAUCGUAUUGUAGUAUGAUAGACAGUUUUGUUUGAGAAUAAUAUAUGGAUCAUUUUACUUAAUUGGUAUGUUUUUCAUUACAUU